ACACACGGAUUCAUUGAAAAUUUGUUUGUUUGUAUCACGGUUAUUGUUUAGUGAUAGUUUUUCUUGAAUACGGUUUGAAAAGAAAGGCCGCCUGAAUGCAGAGCCGGGAGAAGAUGAUAACGGAGCAGCUGCGGAAUCCGAAUGAGCUAGACAUCAGCCUUCGGAUGGAGUUUGGUCCGUUUGAGACAGUGCACAAAUGGAAGAAGUUGUCGGAGUGCUAUGAAUUUGUUGGAGCCAAACGGAGCAAACACACAGCGGUAGCCUACAAAGAUGCAAUAUAUGUAUUCGGUGGCGACAAUGGCAAGUUCAUGCUCAACGACCUGGUCAGGUUCGACAUCUGGGAGAUGUCCUGGACCAAAGUGGGCUUCCAGGGCACCCCGCCGGCUCCGAGAUACCACCAUUCUGCUGUUGUGCAUCGCUCCUCUAUGUUUGUCUUUGGCGGUUACACGGGCGACAUACUGGCCAACUCAAACCUAACCAAUAAGAAUGAUCUCUUCGAAUUCAAAUUCUCCAGCGCGCAAUGGGUGCAGUGGAAGUUCCAGGGACAAGAGCCAGUGCCACGGUCAGCGCACGGCGCGGCAGUAUACGACGACAAACUAUGGAUUUUCGCAGGGUACGACGGCAACGCGCGGCUCAACGAUAUGUGGACCAUCAAUUUAGUGGGUGACAACCAUCAAUGGGAGCGCGUGGAACAGAAAGGUCAAUGCCCUCCCACCUGCUGCAACUUCCCUGUGGCAGUAGCAAGAGGCAAAAUGUUCGUGUUCAGCGGACAGAGCGGCGCUAAGAUCACCAACGCACUGUUUCAAUUCGACUUCGAGACUCACACAUGGAGUCGAGUAUGUACAGAGCACUUGCUCCGUUGCGCGGGCCCCGCACCGGCGCGCCGCUACGGUCACGUAAUGGUGUCACAUGGAAGACAUCUCUACGUGUUUGGUGGCGCCGCAGACAGCACUCUACCUAGCGACUUGCAUAGCUUCGACCUGGAUACACAGAUGUGGUCUGUAGUACACCCGGCACACGACUCGCAAGUCCCGGUCGGGCGACUUUUCCACGCGGGCGCCGUGGUAGGCGAUGCACUGUACGUUUUUGGAGGUACCGUCGACAACAACGUGCGAAGCGGCGAGCUCUUCUGCUUCCAGCUGUCAGACUACCCCCGCUGCACGCUCCACGACGAUUUCGGUCGCAUCCUAAAGUCCCAGCAGUUCUGUGACGUGGUCGUCCUAGUGGGGGUUGAAGAGAGCUGUGUGUUAGCUCACCAAGCCCUGUUAGCGGCUAGAUCUACUUAUCUACGUGCCAGGAUACAGGAAUCGCGCGAAGAACUAUCUCGGCGUAUAGACGAAGGCCUAGAAAAACCUCUAGAAGUAUACGACUACAAAGCUAAACCACGUCUCACACUGAAGUUACCUGAAGCCACACCACAAGCGUUUGAUAUGGUGCUCAACUUUAUAUACACGGACCGGAUCGAUCCUAGCGAAAAAUACGAGGACCCCGAAAAGCCCUCCACAAUCUUACAAGUAAUGGAAGUCCUUCGCCUGGCACUGCGCCUGAACAUUCCUCGCCUACGCGGACUUUGCGCCCGAUUCCUUAAAGCCAACCUGUGCUACAGCAAUGUGUUGCCAGCUCUCCAUUCAGCUCAUCACGCUCAGUUGCAUUCCGUCAAGGAAUACUGCCUCAGGUUUCUAGUCAAAGAUUACAACUUCACACAGAUAGUUAUGUCGCCGGAAUUUGAAACAAUGGAAAAGAGUCUAAUGGUAGAAAUGAUCCGUCGUCGGCACCGGCCGCAAGCCAAACCACCAGCGCCGCAAGAAAGUGACGAAGAUAUUAUAGGAACCACCCUAGAACAGGACAUGUGCGUAUUCGUCGGCGGCGCGGGGGCGUCGCUAAGUGACGUCCGUCUCCGCGUGGGCGGUGCCUCGCGCCCCGCGCACCGCUCCAUCCUCGCCGCGCGUGCCGCCUACUUCGAGGCCAUGUUCCGCUCCUUCUGCCCCACCGACAACAAUGUCAACAUUCAAAUUUGCGACACGGUGCCUUCGGAAGAAGCUUUCGAUUCGCUGCUGCGCUAUAUUUACUACGGAGACACCAACAUGCCUACUGAAGAUUCACUUUACUUGUUCCAAGCGCCGAUUUAUUAUGGUUUCACGAAUAACCGCCUCCAAGUAUUUUGCAAACACAAUCUACAAAGCAAUGUCACCCCUGACAAUGUGCUAGCGAUAUUGCAAGCGGCCGACCGAAUGCGAGCCGCCGACAUCAAGGAAUAUGCUCUGAAAAUGAUCGUACACAACUUCUAUCAGCUGGCGCACCAAGAGUCCAUAAAGACCCUCCCACAACCCCUUCUCGUCGACAUCGUGGUGGCACUCGCCACCGCGCGCCGCGCCGACUCUCCCCUCCCCCCGCAGCCAAGGUCGCUACCCUCGUCGAGCUCCGCUGACACGUUGGCUGAUGACGACCAUAGGCGGAAACCGGAUCAUCCCAACUACUGGUAGAAUUAUAGACCCAAGGAGGAAACAGAACCACGCUAAAUUAUUGGAAGAUUUAUUUAGGCCGACUCAUAGACAUUCAUGGAGUUAACAGUUGUGCUCGCUUCACUCGUCGUCAUCACACUAGCUGACAGCGAUUACGAAAAAAACCGAUCAUCCCAACUACUGGUAGUUUUAGGUAAGCUAAAGAUAUCCUUAGACAUGUGUAGAGUAGUCAUCUGCCACCGGGCUAUCCCACCUAGUCUGGUUAGCAUAAUUCAGACAUCGUGGUAGCGCUCCCCACCGCGCGCCACCCCGGAUCAUCUCCACUUCUGGUAGAUUUAAGCCAACUCUGAACCGUCUCAGACUGAGACUACUGGUCGAUUGAGGCCCAAAAAUGUUAGACAUCCAUUGAGUUUACAGAUGAGCUUCCUUCACUAGUCAAGUCUCAUCAUACACCGUGUUUCCGGUAUCACUCAAAUCCUCAGACACCCCAACUGAUUUAUAUUUUUCUAAACGUA